UUUUGUGUUAAGCGAACAACAGUCCGUGUUUCGGUAACAUAAAAGUCCAACUUGCCUGUGUGCAUACGGAAGAUUGAACGCAAGAGAUACUCUGCAUCCCAAAAUGUUCUCCAAAGUGAUCGCUGUUUUGGCCUUUGCCGCCGUGGUAGCCGCUAAGCCCCAACAUCAGCCAGCCGCCCAGUAUCCGGCCGGAGUCGAUCCGUCCCGCUGCCCGUCGUACCCGAACUGCGAUAACGCGGCCCUGCACAGCCCGAACCCGUACAACAACCAUGCCGCCAACCACUGGAACCCGAACUGGAACGCUCAGCCCAGCUGGAACGCCGCCCCUGCCCCUGCUCCGGCCCCGGCCGCCUACUACCACGGAGCUCCCCACUCGUACCAGGCCCUGACUGGCCCGAGCCACAACUACAUUGGAGCUCCCAGCCCCUCGGCCGGUGGUGACCGUUACCCCGCUGGAGUGAACCCGCAGUCGUGCCCGAACUAUCCGUACUGUGAUAACACCGUUCAGGCUGGCGUUCCUCAGGUUGCCCCACUGCCAGGAUACACCUCCCGCCAGUACCCGGCCGGAGUGUCCCCGCACACCUGCCCGAACUUCCCGUACUGCUAAGACAUUCGCCUUCCCAAUUCCUGACCCUCCCCACACUACCCUUCAUCAUACUAUCGAUCUGUGACCACACGUUUCUUCCUUCCUUGCGCAAUUUUCAUCCGUUCUACCCCUACCCUGUACAUCUUCCCACGUUUGCCAUGGUUGUGUAAAUAACUGGUACUGGUUUGUUUUCGUUAGUGUUUUGUGCAUGAAAUACUGCCUCUUUAGUAGGAGAGAUGUUAGCUGUGUUCCUUAGAGUGAUUGAUUCAACAAGCAAGAGCGAUAAGAGCGCAACAAUCAAAAGCAUUGGAGAACUUAUGGGAAAUAUCAUUGUAAAAAAAAAAAACAAAAAGAAUCUGUGAAACUACAACUGCAACAACAACAGCAAAUAUCUUCAUCGACUAUGUUAUCUCAGCGUGCAAUCGCACACAUCGCAAAUGAAAUUGAAAUGCAAUUGAUUUAAGAAUCAAA